AAUGGCAACUCAUUUUGAAUCGAACUGUGUUUGGUUAAUAUCGCCUGCAACCAAAUGUAUUCAUUUACACAACGAAAAUAACCAGAGGAAGGCAAUCAUUUGUAACCUAUUUAAACCCAAAAGCUUAAUCGUCGAUUACAAAUUCUACCGAUUAAUUUGGGUAGAAGAAAACACGAUAAAAACAUCCACGUUAACGGGAAGUGAUAUUAAAGUUUUGUUCCAGGCCGAAAGUGAAAUAAGAGGAUUAGCUUUAGACUAUUCGGACGACAGUCUGUAUUUUUCAGUAGAUGAAAAAAUACGGAGUCUGUCCAACAAUAUUACUUUUCAUGUCAAGGAAGGAUGGAAUGUAACCGAUAUGGCUUUCUACGGGAAUUUGCUGGCGGUUGCUGUAAAAACAACGGCGGCGAGGGGUUUGAUAGUCUUUAUAGAUAAGAGGACCGGGAGGGUUCUGAGAGAGCAUAGCAAGGAGAACGUUAAGGGAUUUGGUUCGUUAAGUAUAUUUAAUUACAACGGUUGGAGAAGCGAUAAUAUAAGUAGUGCACGGAGUUGCCCGUGCCAGCAUAUCUGCGUUCCUUCGUUCGAUUCUUUCGAGUGUGUUUGUCAGGAUGGAUAUCAAACAAAUCCGGAAAAUGGAAACAAAUGCAGUCCAAACACUUUUAAUGAUACAAGCUAUCUGUUGAUUGCAGACGAUUAUAAAAAUGCUAUUUAUAAAAUAUCCCUGGACUUUAAAAAAUAUUCCCCAGUACUUAAUCUUCAACCUACUUUUACUAGGCCGGUUGGUUUAACCUACGACUUGCGAAAUAAGAGAAUUUUUUACUAUGAUCUAUCAUACGGAUAUUUACGGAUAUAUUACGAGAAUGGAACAGUUACGUCAAUUCGACAACAAUUUACUCUUUAUAUGGAAUACGAUAUUUUUUCCGAUUUAUUGAUAACCAACGAAGGGCGCCGCCUCACACUAUCUUCAACGGAUGGAAGAUACAAAAAAGUUCUAUAUAGUAGAACAACUGUUCGUCAACUCUCUAUCGAAUACAAAUCUAGAAAAAUUUAUUUUGUAACCUAUGCAGAAAUUUAUAAUAUUAACUUUGACGGAACUGAACUUAAGUUACUAAGAAAAGGAAAUUUCGGAUAUCCUUUAGCCCUUGAUGAGAAGGAAGGGAGACUAUAUUUUAACAAUUUCAUGGACAAAUCAAUAUCAUCCAUAAAGACUGAUGGAAGUGAUUAUAAAUUCAUAUCUGAAGCCUUUGACUCGUGGAUGUUAUUUUCUAUAAUUGUAGUUGACGAAUAUAUUUAUUUUACCAAUUGGCGAGUUAGGGGAAUAGGUAAAGCUCUCAAGAGCGGUGGCUUGAACAAUACUCAUGAGCUACUGAGACAAGAUGUCUUCAGUAUGAUGAAUCAAGUUAUCGUGGUAAAUUCUAGCAAUAAUCCCGGGAGGUUGGAAUGUCCAGUUGGAAUUUGCGAGCAACUCUGCGUAAUUUCGAAUUGUCUUUGUAGUGAUGGUUAUCAAUUAUAUAACGAGACUAAUUGCAAGCUUGUUCCUAAGCCUACAUUACCCUCUACACCUUCUCUUCCUUCAACAACAACAAAAUGGCAGAAUGAUCGUAGAGAUCAACUAUCAACAGCCGAAUUAGUCGGAAUAAUAGUCGGAAUUGCAAUUGCAUUGAUUCUGAUAAUCAUCGCUGUUGUUCUUUUUAAAAAGUAUUCUGAUAAAUAUUUAUAUCAAAACUUAAGAUUCUGGCAACGUCGAAGAAUGAGUAAAAUAGAACCAACUAAAUUCCGUUUUGAGACACAACUAUCAGUUUCAACGCAUGUCUCUGAAGACGAACUUCUCAGUACGUUAUCGGAUAGUGGUGUUUUUACUUCCAGUGACUUUUCAAACGAAGUUGCACAACCAGUUCGAAGAAGUUCAUCCAGACCAUCUUUUGAACGCCAUCUAUCGUACAUAUCUCAGGAUAUGAGUGAACCUUGA